CGUCCUCUGAAAGCAAUGUCUGUACUAACCCCUUUUUUAACUUUGGUUUUUGAUUUAUUUAAUCCCUUUUCUUCUAACCAUCAUCCUUUCUUUCAAUCUUCUGUACAAACCCGUUUUUAUUCUGUUUUUCUCCCUUUCCCCCCCUCUCUGCUCUUUUCAGUCUCUACCAUUCAGAUUAAAGUCUCUUCUUCCCCUUUCCAUGGCCACUCUCCUCCUCCUGACUACAGUAACUACAACGUUUCCACUUCUGCUGCCACUGUUCCUCCUCCACCUUCAUAUGCCAAAGUGGUCUCCUCAGCUUCUGUUCCUCUUCCCGAGCCCACUAACAAAGCCUCAUCCAUCCUGUCCCCUCACACAGCCAGGGAAUCCCCUCUACUUGGCCACCAGCAUUCUGCCUCUGAUCUCUCACCACCUCCUAGUGCAUCCUAUUAUCCAUUAUGGCAAGGCCACAAGCCUGUUAGAAGGACCACCAAACAGAUCUCUUUAUCCCCGCCACCUGCACCGGCUUCCCAUUAUCCCUUCACCCCUCAGCAGCCCAUCCGACGUUCCUCUCUGUCAUAUUCCCCCUCUCCUCCUGUGACCGUCACACCCCUUAUACAAAAGGGGUUGGUCCUGCAACCCCAUAUUCCAGUAGUCCUUCCUGUGAUUCCAGCCCAGAAUGGCAGAAUCAGAGGGUCUACAGACACAGCGGUCCAAGAUGCCUCAGGAAAUGUACCUCAUCUAGGUCUGAAUGGCCACCCGGCUGAACCUGUAGCCACACAAAUUCCUCUAGUCUCCUCUAGGACCCAGGUGAAGAGAACAGAUGAGGGGUUUUUCUCGUACUUGGAAGCCGUGCCCAUUUCACAUCUGCCUGUGAUAACCACCCCAACUGGGUCGUACAUCCAGGCUUUUCCUCAGCCUUCCCAACUUCCACCUCAUGCUCCGCAUCAUCCAUAUCAGUCCAUGUCACACUUUGUCUCAUUACCUCCCCAUUACGCUGCUGUGUCUGAGGUGAAUUUGUCCAAGAGGACCCCUCCUUACAUGACUUCAUCAACCAUUUCCCACUUGAGCCCCAUCCUUCCAUCAGGUCAUCCCUCUGCUGCUGCUGCUGCUGGAUUACCCUUGUCGUCUGGUGGACCUCCGCCGCCGCCGCCUCCACCAGUCCCCCCUCCGCCUGCAGGAAGUGCACCACUUCCCCCUCCCCCGCUGUCAGUAGGGACCUGCCUAGACGACGGGUCGGUGUCAGGACUCGCAGCAGCUCUGGCUGGUGCCAAACUAAGGAGAGUACAACGGCCAGAGGAUGUUUCGGGAGGUUCCAGUCCCAGCGGCGCUUCCAAGAGCGAUGCCAAUCGAACAAGUAGCGGAGGAGGAGGACUCAUGGAAGAAAUGAAUAAAUUGCUGGCAAAAAGGAGGAAAGCAGCAUCACAGUCAGACAAGCCAACUGACAAAAAAGAAGAGGAAAGCCAAAAUGAAGAUGCAAGCACCUCACCUUCUCCCGUUACGCGAGGCCCUGUCCAGCAGCAGAAUUCUUCAGGAGAUGCUGGGAAGAAGCUUUGGGAAAGAAGCAACUCAGUGGAAAAACCUGUCGCUUCGUUACUCUCUAGGAUGAAGCCAGCAAGCAGCAGCAAUGAUGUCGCAAUGGACACCUUAGAUUUUGAUCGCAUGAAACAAGAAAUAUUGGAGGAAGUCGUAAAAGAGUUACACAAAGUAAAAGAAGAGAUAAUCGAUGCCAUCAGGCAGGAGUUGAGUAGAAUCAGCACAACAUAAUAUCCACGGAGCCAUCUGGAAGGUACAAAGGAUGGGAAAGGCGAUCGGAUCAUUUGCGAGCGUACCAAGAAUCCCCACACGACAGUGGAAGAGGACACCUGGCGCUGUCUUUUGUUCUUAAAAUCCUUUUUAUUAGCAGACUCAGCAGACUUUGGAGCUUGUGCUGCUGGCUUGGAGUUGCUUCAUUAAAAAAAAAGAAAAGAAAGAAAAAAAGUCUUAAUCUUACAAAAGAAAAUAUUAAAAUUUAAAUUUCCGGAUUUUUUAAAAUCUCAUCUGACAAUGCACAUCAGAUUUGGUCAGCCUUUUUUUGUUUUUUGUAUUUGCUUAUUUAAAUGUAUGACUUUUUUUUCCUUUUUAGUACUGUAGGUAAGGAAACACGUGAACCAUUCGCUUUUACUAGAUGACUUCAAAGUAAUUUUACUGGUAGUCUGCAAUGUAAACGAAGACCCUUUUUGCCAACAGAAACCUAUUAGUGGCAUCGCCAGUGGAGGCUGAGACAUGCCAGUUGGGCAGCCAGCAAAUCCCUGGUCUCAGAGCUAUCACAAUAUUAAAGCGGUACAUCAGUGCAUCACAGUAUCUGUGUUCAUAUUGGUAAUAAAUUGUUCAUUGUC